AUGGCGCUCUGUGUCUUCUUCGGUCUGAAGAAUACUCCCCUUGGCGUCUUGACCGGUCAUUCCUACGAAAGACUCAACUUCUUCCACCGUCUGGCCGGGUACGCGGCCGUACUUCAGAUGCUCCUUCACGCCAUCUUUUACAUGGUGUAUUACGGAAUGCAGGACCGGUGGAGCACCCUGCUUGAGGUGCAAAAUUGGGAGGGCAUUGGCGCAGGCUUUGCCAUGGUCCUCCUGCUCAUGGGCUUGGCAAGAAAUCUUGGCUACGAAUGGUUUUAUGUGAGCCACCUGGUAGGAUUCCUGCUCGCCGUUAUUUUCACUGGGCUUCAUAGACCCUAUUGGAUAUGGAAGAUCCCUGUGGCGAUGGUCUUCAUCGCUGCAAUUUGGGGACUUGACCGUCUGAUUCGAGGGUCGAGGAUGUUGUACAACCUUGUCAACAACAGCGCCACCAUCUAUCGGUUGCCAGACAAUGGUGUUCGUCUGGUCAUCAAGAAACCUCUGUCGGGAGCCACUCCCGGCUCGCACUGCUUCGUUUGGAUUCCCGGUGUUCGCCCAUUCCAAACACACCCCUUCACCAUCGUUUCCAACACCCCUCACGGGGGGCUGGAGCUGGUCCUCAGCUCCUAUGAUGGUUUCACCAAGGCUUUGCAUGAUCUAGCUAAUACCGAGGCUGGGACAACCGUGUGGGCUUCCGUCGACGGACCCUAUGGAGCAUUCCCUAACCCGAAGAACUACGACAAGGUGGUCUUGAUUGCCGGUGGUAGCGGGGCAACGUUUACCUUCGGUCUGGCUACCAGCCUCUUACAGCACCUGGAGUCUGAAUCUCACAAACGUGUUGACUUUAUCUGGGCCGUCAGAAAGAGGGAAAAUCUAGAAUGGUUCACGGAUCACCUUCAGUCACUGAGCCAACACGGCGCAGGGGUGAACGUGUUACUGCACGUUACCCGAGAGGGCUCCACGGCCUCCUUGAGCGAGUCGUCCGAAAAUGUCUCAUCGCCCACUUCCCUGAAGUCACCGAACGAGAAGGUUGAAGCUCUUUUACCAGAGCCUGGAACGGAGCAGAACAAGGAAACUCUCCCUUCGACUGCGGCAGUACCACAGGGAGACGGAUCGUUAGGUCUUGAGGGGCUGUGCGAUAUCAAAUUUGACAAGUUGAGAGCUGGGGAGGCCAUCAAUCAAACGCUACAGUCAGCUGCGCCUGGUCAGCGGGUGUUGAUUGCUGCUUGCGGCCCGCAGUCACUGACCGAGAUUGUCCAGAACGCUGCUGCACACUGUAUUGCCACUGGCGAUAUCAGCGUAGAGGUACACUGCGAAAACUUUGGAUGGUGA